UUAGUCAACACAGACAACACAGACCUCAAACAAUUCAACAUGUUCAAAUUGGUGGUGUUGUCCGCUCUUCUGGCCGUCGUUGCCGCCGCUCCCGGUCUCUACACCGCACCUCUGGCGUACAGCGCUGCUGUCGUUGGAAGCGUACCAACUUCCGUCAGCCAUCAAAGUAGCAGCGUAGUCCACAGCGCUGCUUUGACUGCUCCAGUUGUUCACAGCGCUCCAGUUAUUCACAGCGCCCCAGUUGUCUCUGCUUACUCCGCUCCAGUUGUGUCUGCUUACUCCGCUCCACUUUUGUCCGCUUACUCUGCUCCAGUAGUAGCUGCUCACUCCGCUCAAAUCGUAGGUGCCCCUGCUGUCGGAUACCACGGUGUUCAUGGAACCGUUGUAUACUAA